UCAUCCUUCCCCAAAGUUUGCCUCUACAGUAAAUUAAGUCAUAUCUCUUUGACUGCUAUAACUUUUACCACUAUUUCCUCCUUCCUUCUGUAGAACUGUACUUACUCCUGGAUUACACUUCACCCACACAUGUUCAAACACACGCACAGACACACACGUGCACACAAAUUCCUUUCCCCUGAAAUAAAUAGAAAAUGUAAAGAAGUUGCUUCAAGGACAGCAUAAAGCUGUUCUCACCUCUCCCAGACGGGGUGUGUCAAGGCUUUUGUCCGUCUGAUGCCGUAUUAAAUAUCAGAGUUAAAAGGAGGAGUGGGGGGUUGUACGUGAGUGUGUGCGUGCGUGCAAAAGUCUCCAGGUUUUUUGUUCUUAAGGGAGAAAGAAUGUUGGCACAAAGCUAGCCACCAGGGGAGAAGGUCGGAGUGCUCAAGUGCUGCUCCAGGUUUGUUUCAUUUCAUUUGCUCUGUAAUGAGUCUUGUUACUGCUGUGAGAGGCAGAGAGAUCUGACUGCGGAGUUCAUAGUUAAGCCACAGGGAGGGAGGAAAGGAGGGAAGGAGGGAGCACGGGAGGGAGAGAGAAAGAGAGGCAAAGAAGCAGAGAAAAACAUACAAGCCAACAAGCCCUCACUUGAAACCCUCUUAACGUUUUGGAAGCGAGAAAAGUGACAAACUUUUUCACUCCUUCCUUUAUCCCUUUUCUUCUGUUCCUUCUCCUCUUCCUCCUCCUCCUCACUGCCCCACACCCUUCUCAAAUGAACCCUCUCGUUUUUGAGCACGGAAAAGAAACUGAGGCAGAGAGCUUGCAAGAGGUCUGAAAAAGUUGGCUGUCCCUGUCCAUGACUGUGCGUCUGUGUGUCUGCUGGAGUGUGUAUGCCUCUCAGGGAGUGUAUGUGCCUCGGUGAGUGUGUGUGUGUGUGUGUGUGUGUGUGUGUGUGUGCGCGCUCCUGGGUCUGUGUGGGAAUGAUUACAUCAGCCUGCUGCAGCCUUAUGAUUGGUUGGUGAGCGUGUGGUUUGAUUCAGUGUGCCUCAGAGCCUGUGGCUGAGGCUGUAACCCUUUGUGAGGGGGAGAGAGAGAGAGAGAGAGAAAGAGAGAGAGAGAGAGAAAGAGAGAGAGAGAGAGGGAGGGAGGGAGAGGAAAGAUAGUUGUCAGACUCAACCGGCACUGGAAGCACUGUACUGUACCUGCUGCCAUCUGAUCGCUGACUGUCUCUGUGUCUCUGUCCUGUGAGCUGCACAGACACCAGCUUUAGGUCACACAGACAGUUCUUCUUCUUUUUUUGUAGACAGGGCCAGCGGCCUAGAUAGACUGAAGACUAGACUCUAGGCUAUGUGACAGGUAGCACAACCGCAGCUAUCAACUGUUGGCUUUCAAAUUUUUAUCUCUCUUUCUGGAGGAGACAAGGCGACAGAACAGCAAGAUUUUCUGUCUUAGUGACUGUGUGUGAGUGAGUGAGUGUGUGUGUGAGUGUGUGGGGAGCCAGGUUCAGUCCAAAAAUGCCUUCGUGUUCCCCGGACUGCUGCCUACUGCGGGCCGUAGAGAUUGUGAAGAUCUUCAGUGAAGAUGGCAUGGGUAAAGUGGUGGAGAUCCCAGCCGACAUGACAGCCAGGGACCUGUGCCAGCUCCUGGUUUAUAAAAGCCAUUGUGUAGAUGACAACAGUUGGGCACUUGUUGAACACCACCCACUGCUAGGGCUAGAGCGCUGUCUAGAAGACCAUGAGCUGGUGGUUCAGGUCCAGGCCUCCAUGAACAGUGACAGUAGAUUCCUCUUCAGGAAGAACUAUGCCAAAUAUGAAUUCUUCAGAAACCCGCUGACGUUUUUCCCGGAGCACAUGGUUGCAUGGUGCCAGGAAACCAAUCGUACGAUUCCACCAUCUCAGCUCCUUCAGAACUUCCUAGCGACCAGUAGCUGUCCAGAGAUCCAGGGGUAUCUUUAUGUGAAGGAGGUGGGGAGGAAGUCGUGGAAGAAAGUUUACAUGUUCCUGCGGCGCUCAGGACUCUACUGUUCUACAAAAGGAACCUCAAAGGAGCCCAGACAUCUACAGUUACUAGCAGACCUAGAAGACAGCAACAUCUUCACUGUCAUCACAGGCAAAAAGCAGCAUGGUGCGCCCACAGACUUUGGGUUCUGUAUCAAGCCCAAUAAAUGUCGAGGAGAGCUGAAGGAGUUGAGGAUGCUGUGUGCUGAGGAUGAACAGGGCAGGACCUGUUGGAUGACUGCCUUCCGACUCUUUAAGUACGGGAUUGUAUUGUACCAGAAUUACAAGAUUCCUCAACAAAGAAAAACCUUAAUUUCACAUUUCUCAGCACCUGUGCGGAGUGUAUCAGAGAACUCCCUUGUGGCAAUGGAUUUCUCAGGGAGGAUAGGCAGGGUGAUUGACAACCCUGUGGAAGCUCAGAGUGCUGCCAUGGAGGAGGGACACGCAUGGAGGAAGAGGAGUCAACGAAUGAACAUACUAGGCUCCCACAGUCCACUACACCACUCCUCACUAAGCUCAGUUAUCCACAUAGCUCAGCUGUGGUUCCACGGUAGGAUAUCUAGAGAAGAAUCCCAUCGUAUUAUCCACCAGCAGGGACAAGUAGAUGGGUUGUUUCUGCUCAGAGUCAGUCAGAGUAACCCCAAGGCAUUUGUGCUCACAUUGUGCCAUCACCAGAAAAUCAAACAUUUCCAGAUACUUCCGUGUGAAGAGGAUGGCCAAGUCUUCUUCAGCCUUGACGACGGCGCCACCAAAUUCACCGACUUGAUUCAGCUGGUGGAGUUCUACCAGCUCAACAGAGGAGUGCUGCCUUGUAAACUCAAACACCCAUGCACCGUCGUGGCCUUAUGACAUCUUCGGAUCAUCUGACCCCAUGACCCCCUCUAUCACUUGACCUGACUCUGCCUAAAACAAACAAAACAAAAAGAAUCUUUCUGUCAGGUGGUUCUUUUGUUUUUAUCUUUAUAAGAAGCUGGUGAAUUGACUGAUGUUUCAUUGUCGUUGUUUUAUAUUGUCAUAAGUCCGCCACAGACUGCUGACUUGUUGGAUCUCUUUUAGUUUGCAUGGAUGUUUGAGGAGUCGGAUGCACAAUUUGCUCACAAGGUUCCUCAGUCGAGAACAGAGAACAUAAAGGAAAUGAACACUGCCAUUUGUGUCGUAAAAUCUUCUACAAUCUUGCUAUCCACAGUCAUCGAUAAGCUUGUACCCAAACUGCUUCAAGGUUUAAUCUUACAGUUCAAGUGUAGACUGUAUUCCCUUCAACAGGACAAUCACGCAAGACAACUCAAGCUAUCGUUUGGACCACUCUGCUCCCUGAGAACAAACAGCAGUCUCAUUGAAACUUUUCAUCACGUCCUCAAAGAAUAUACCGUAGAUGGAGAGGUGAUUGUUUUGCACUCAUCAGACUGGGAGUGGCCUUUGACAGUGCAUGACCUCUCCGCUUUUGCAUUACUUUACUGUGAGAUGGUACCACCGCCCUCUAGUGUCAUAGGCAUGCACAAAGGACAUGUCAAAAUUCAACAUGGAUGAGAUUUGGAGGCACCAGAAAGAGUGUUGAUGUUGAACUGCCCUGGAGAAAAAGGCUGAGGAAAAAAUCUGAAACUAUUGGAAUGGAGUUUUUUUUUUUUUUUUUUUUUUUUUCCUUUCAUAGUGGACAGUACAAAGUCUGCAUUGUCCACAAAUUAAUUCGCUCAUCUCCGACAACACAGGGUUUUUCUUAUUGAUACAUUCAUUGCAGUUAAGUAUUGUUAUCAAUAUUCUCUAUAAGAAUUUUGUUUAAAGUCCAUUUUUUUGCAUUCUAGAUAUUUGCAACUCUUCAUUAUUUACCUAAGCUACAAUAGGGUCAUUCUGUACUUGUUAUUCUGUUGCACGCUGCAGGCAGUCCCUGAAAGUAUUUUCCAGGCUAUUUCCGGAAAAACGAAAAAGCAUGAAUCAAAUCAUGGUUUCAUUUAGGGUAAAAUUACAAGUAACAAAGCUAGAAGAAUUGUAACCAGGUAGACAGUUUUGCAAAUGCAGCCACAUGCGGGAGUUUCAUCAUUUUUUUUUCACUGCUGGCAAAUGCAGACAUAAAGUUACCUGUCACAUAAGAGAAAGUGGGACAAUGGAGAGCAUCAGUUUUUUAAUUUUUAUUAAUUAAUUUUUUUUUUUUUUGUCUGAUUCUCCUCGCCUCGGCACAGGGAAGGAUAACCACUAGCAUCUCCUUCAGGAGUUUUACUCACAUAACUGUAAGCAAAUCAAAAGAAACACAAUCUGUAUUACUCUUUGCCAAACAAAAACUACUUCAGCCCAGAGAUACAGUGGAUCCUGUGGGCAACAUCUGUCCUGGGUCUCGACCCUCUUUUCAACAUAUCUUCCAGCAAACCACCUCCUGCCUGCUGGAAGUCAGCGAGAUGGUGUCAAACAUAAUUGUGGCUUGGAACAUGUUUUAGUGUGCUCUUGACUCCACACUGAUAGUAGACUCUGUGCAUUACAUUCCGCAUACUGCAGCCUUUUUCUGCCUGUGAACAAACAGUAUCACAUACAUAUACACCUACUGCCUACUGCACACCACCUAUCUAUGAAUUCAGACAGACUGGUUAGCGGCUGCUACAGUGUGGAAAAUAAUGCGUAAGGAGAGAAUUUUGUCACAUAUGAAAACAUUGAAAACAAAUGGUAGCUGCCUCUCAUCUCCUCUCUCUGCCCAUCUCACCCUGUCUGGAUUAAGUUAAAAUACUCAGCUUUGUAGAAGCAACAUAAAACUGGAAAUUUUAGUGCUCAGACUUCAGACUGCAAAAAUCUCACAUGUUUUAACCCAUGUCCCAUGUACAGAUUUGCCCUCAGUACAUGUAGGGUUUUUGAAUGACGAGAAGAGAGGGCAUACAACUUAUCAAGUUAGUUUGAGAACACUGGAUAUGCCCACCUUUUGUCCCAGACAGUGCAAUUUAAGCAAAAGUCAAUCGGUUUUCUUCUGCAAGCCAAGGUCAGUCAAUCCUGCAAAGAUAUUUAAAUCAAUUGUUUUAGCCAAGUGGAGCUCCUGUAAUUAACUACAAUGAAAAGAUGAUUUUUGCGGGGUGUCUCUAGCUAACCUGGAUCCAAUUUCUUUCUAAAUAGAUAGGGCUUUUUUGUGACACUGAUUGAUCAUGUCUGGCAGAAUGGAACUAAAUGGAGGACACAUAAAUGGUAAAACCCAGUCAUCUCAAAUUCUUCAGACAUAUUGACAUAUGCUUGGAUGGAUUUCUGCUAAUAUUCAAACUAAGCUUGGUUUGUCAUUCACACAAGUCACUCUCAGUACCACAAAUGGCAGGGUUUUUUUGUGUCUCCACCCAAAACACUCACUUGAAAAAAAAAAAAAAUUUUUUGGUUUGUGUAGGCCACCAGCCAGCAGAUUAUUACUAGAAAUCUGUUUGUAUUUACCAACAUCAACAGCCAUCUUUUACAUACCUGCAGGUUGUUUUAAGGUAUAUGGAAUAUCUGAGAUGCAGAAUAGCCGCACUAUGACACUCACUCGCAUGGUCACCAUUAUUUAUCUAAGAUGCAAUGACUCAAUCAUUUUUUAAAGUAUUGUUGCAGCAAAAUGUAUUUAUUUAUCUGGAUGUGACUGAUUACUUGAAAAUUUUAGAUUUCUUUUUCUCAGCGCUGUUCUGUAUUGUUUUCUUUUGUCAUUACCAUGAAAUGAUUGACCAAUGUGAUUUAUAAUUAUAAUUAUUAUUACUAUUAUUAUUAUUACUGUAAUGACAUAGCAUCUAUUGAGUUUUUUUUUUUUCUUUUUAGUUUUGAUUAUUCAAAAAUAAUUUUUGUCAUCAUCAACACUUGUCAUGAAGUGAUGUUUUAAAGCACACUGGCAUCCAUAAUGUUAACAUUGUCAUUCCAAUAGAUGGCAUGUGGAAUGUUGUGAGAUAGAAAACAAACAAACAAAAAACAGAGUUUCCCAAAGCAUUAGUCACUAAGAUUUUCAUACCUUUUUUAAUUAUUGUUCUUAUUUCCUCCCCGAUCUGUAAAAAUAUCUCAUUAGAAUUCCAACACUUUUAUGUUAAAAACCUUCAAGUUUUCUUCUCAUCACUGUCUUGUGGUGACCCAAACUAGAAAAAAUAGAUAUGAAUUCAAGUAAAAUGUUUUGGGAAACCGGGUCAAGUAUGUCUCAAUGUCCUCAUAAUUCACUUUUUAAAUGCCUUUCUUUGAAGAAAAAAUUGUAGUAAUCUAGUUGUAGAAAAAAAACUUUGCAUUCAAGUUAAAACUUUUCAAUGAAAAUGCUUAGAGUAGAUAUAAUUGAAGAAAUGCAUAACAAUAAUCCUUCCCACACUUAUAAUAAUAAGACACUGACACAAAUUCCUCCAUGUUAAUUUAUACCCUUUAAACUGCAGUGAACAGUGAACUAAGCAUACCAUUACCAAACCAUACCAGAGCAACAUUGUUAGAUGGGUUACAGUAUUGAUCUGAGAAAGAAACUUAAAUCAGUAGGUAGAUUUAUCAUUUGCAUGAACGUGGAUUUUAAGUUUAUUGUGUAGGGGUAUCUGAUAUGUUGGUAUUUGGGGGAAUAUGGAUUAUAACAAUACAUAAAUUCUUUCGUAGUUGCUGAAAGUCAUCUUAAGCUACUAGGACCUCACUGAAAUGUUGAUGUUAGUGAUUUCUAAGUACUAAUCUAAGUCCCCUGAUAUUCAGAUUCAGUCUACCCACUUUGCUCUCAUCCUCAAAUUCCCUGUAUCACAUUUUCAUUUCUGACUGAUAUGAAUGGUAGCAGAUGUUAAUGCAAAAGGCAGGUCAGGUAGCAUUGCAAGCUGGAGUUAGUACAGAAAAGGCAGAAAGUAAAUUCAGUUAGUGAACACAUGGACAAAUAAAUCAGGGGAUUUGAAUAUCCACAUUUUUACACUUAACAGAGAUGAAUGUAACUGGGUUGCUCAGGGUUGAUUUGGAGCAUAUUAAAAACUACUGGUCCAUCAGAUCUCUAGGACUUUUAUGUACAGGAUGAUGAUGAUUUGUGAAUAUUUUAGUUGGAUUAAGCCAGGAGUUGUCAUCUUUUCUCUAUUAUGUGCACCACCCAUCUGCUAGUUAUGAUUACUUGAAAAUAUCCUUGCAAUUGAGUAGGUCCAGUACUAUUUAAAGAGUACAUUUAGUUUAACAGUGUUUUUAAUACUAUUGUUUAAGAUGUUCAUUAAAAAAGCCUAAAAUACUUGCCUGGCUACCUGAGCUGAUCUAAAGCCCCACCUGACAAUGUUACCUAUUCAGCUCACACACCUGGGCUGAACAACAGCUGAACAAUUCGUAAAACACCCUCAAUUUUCAUCCUAUCAGUUCUAGAACUAAGAAGAAAUUAUAAUCUAAUUUGAUUCAUUUUAUUAUAUUACGCUGUGUCUUACGGAGAUGAUCAAGUACAAACUCAGAGCUUACAAAUAAAAUAACUGACAGCACAGUGUCAGUUUUGGUAGCCAGGUAACUUGUAAACACAGAUGGUGCCUCUGAUGACUCCUCUUUCUCUUCAUAAACCAGACCUAACAUUUGGGCCGAAUGGCAUGACAAAGCCACCCUUCAGAGGGAACCAUUCACACUCAAAAACCUUGCACGUUUUACAAGUAUUCAAUGAAUGCAAUUCCUCAACAGAAAACGGCACUCUAAAAGAUUCUGGUGAAAGGUGAUUGAGAAUGAAUGAAAUUUUUCAGAUGCAGUUUCAGUUUACUUUUUGAAUUGAAAGUGAAUUGACCCCAAUCCCUGAUGGAUUGAUCAAUUAUCAUCUUGGCUCUUGUUCACCUUCAUAACAUUGUCACAAUGCAAGAUACCAUGGCUGUACAAAUGAGUAAAGUAAAAAUAUAUCUAUAUAUAAAAAUAUAAACUAUUAUGUAUUUCAGGGAAUGCAAAAAAGAAAACAGUAACUUAUCUCUUUUUUAUAAGAGAGAGCUCCUGUAUUCAUAAUGUGCUUUGCUUCAAUCUGUAAAUAGUUGAAUGGCUUAUAAAUCUUAAUUGUAACCUUUUCAGGUAUUUUUGUACAAAUAAGGGACUGAUAUAUUCUGUUUAUUGUAAUUAGAAUAAAACAUUAAUACAUUGAUAUAAAAACAUA